AUGGGUGGUGGCGAAAAGGUUAGAUUCUGGGAAGACGUUUGGUUUUCAAAUUGCAGAAUGAAGGAUUCGUAUCCUAGUCUAUACAAGUUGGCUGAAAACAAAAGGGCGUUCGUUAAAGAAAAUUAUAAAUCGACAACCGAAGGGGUGGAGUGGGAUUGCAAGUGGAUCGCUGUCCCGGAAAACGCACAGUGCCGGGCAGAAUUUAAUUCUAUGAUGGAGCGACUGGGGAGUUUCCAUAUAACAGGUGGUAAAGAUGUUUGGGGCUGGAUGACGAACUUAGUCGAAGCCUUCACAGUCAAAGCAGUUAAAGCAGAUCUCAACGCGCUCGGUCCUCAAAUCACCAAUCUGGACGGAAUUAAGUGGUGCAACUGGGCAAUCCCAAAGGCCAACUUGUUGGCGUGGAGAAGUGUCCAAGGCAGGAUCCCCACACGGGUCGAACUUAGCAAAAGAGGAGUGCAGGUGGGCAACGUACUCUGCCCAAAUUGCGGACAGAUGGAGGAAACGGUGGACCACCUACUAGUAUCCUGUGCUACAACGAGAGCUCUUUGGUGGUUGAUUGGUACUUGGAUGCGAAUGGAUGGAUUGUGUUCGACUGGAUCGGUAAGGGACUUAUUACUUCUGAUAGAAAACGCAGCACUAACAAAGAAAAGGAAAAUGGCCGCAAAGUGUGUCGCGGUGGCUGCAUUGUGGAAAAUUUGGCUGUACAGAAACGAAAAAGUGUUUCGAGGUACCUUCUCAACAAACUGCAGAAUUCUGGAGGAUGUUAUGGAAAGCACUUAUUUAUGGCUCAAGAACAGAGCAAAAUUAGAAUGUAUUGGUUAUGAGGAAUGGUGUAUUAUGGGCCCAAAUAUGAUUAUGGGAUAG